GACCCGAACCCGAGGGUCUGAAUUGCUAACCGGGUUCUUACUCAAACGUGAGGUCGUCUAAGGGCACUAUGGUCAAUUCUAAGGUCGAUACAUAAUAUAUGUGUCAUCCCAAGGCUUAUACAAAAAAAUGAGAUCAUAAGUACAAAAGAUGUCAAAACAGUUCACUAACCCAUUUAAACUUGUGGAGGAGUGUCGUCUGCCACUUCCUUCUCGUGACCUGAAAAAAUAUAAUAAUAUGAUGGGGUGAGCCAGUCGCUCAGUAAGAGGUGUCUAAAACACACCUCUUAAUGACCCCGUGAAUCCAUACAAGGGACAAAAUACAAGUAAACGGGAUCAUGCCAUAGGGGAUAUCGCAGCAACAAUUACAAGUAUGUAUAUAGGUCAUCCAACCACAAAUUACACAAUGUAUGCCAAUGAAGUGCAAUGUCAUGCCAAUGUUGUUCCCUAUUUUCCGAAACAAUUGCGUUUCGCUGUUCCAAACCGUUAAUGCAACCCGACCCAUAGCACCUCUGUAGCGCCACGAGGAAGGAUUGGCUAGCUAUCCCCGACCACAUGACACCUCCAUGGUGUCGUUCUAGGCCUAAGUAUCUCAACCACGCUAGGGUCUCUCCCUAGUUCUUUCUAGAUCACAUUAACGCCACAGACCACUAGGCACCUCCUAAGCGUCCAGGUUUUCAUAAACAUUUUUCAAAAUAAUUUUUCCAAAAUUUAUUUCAUUUGCUUUAAAACAGCAUUUCCCUUUCAUUCCCAAUGAAAUGCAUGAAUGCUUCAUGCCAUCCUCAACCAUGACAAUAAAUUCAAAUUUUCCAUAAAUUGCAAUCAACCACAACAAUAUAUAUAGCAUGCUUUCAAGAAAGUUCACAAAAAAUGAACUCAUGUAUUGACAAAAUAGAAUCUCAACAUUUAUGCACAUUCAAGGCAAACACAAAUUUCAGCUUAACAUGCUUCGUCUUAUUAAUCCAAUUAACAUAUAUUUUCAACCAACUAAUUACAUAAAACACAUUGAUACACAAAUCCCUCCAUACCAUAAGCAAAAUAAUUAAUUUAAACAUGCUUAGAAAUAAUUUAAAGGAAGAAAAUUCACUAAAAUCAAAGAUGGUGUGAAUUAGAACACUCCUACCUCAAUAAAGAAGAAAAGCCUCAAAACUUAGCCCAAACUCGAAAUUCAAAUGGUGGCUAAACGGAACUCUGCUACGAAUAAAAUGUAGAUCUCGACGCGCAAGUCAAAAUCUUUAUGGUUAUGGAGAAAUGAAAGAUUGAAAUUGUAACAAAAAGAGAAAGAAAUAUAGAACCAAGAGGGGGAGAGAAAAUCGUGGCAGAGGGAGAGAAAGUAAUGGUCCGUAAUUGAUCCUAAGACCAUUUGUAAUGGUUCAUUACCAUGGUGGGUACCGUGGCAUAAAAAAUAUAUAUAUUUUUAAUUUAAUAACUUAUAUAUAUACUCUCAACAUAAUACCACCACACAAUUAAACACUUAACCAUGUAUAAAUAAUGCAUGCAAUGCAAUGAACUCUAAAUAAAAUUCCAAGCGGGUCCCACCUGGUCCAACAAAAAAAAAAAAAAAAAUGAGAAAAAUGUCGAAAUGGCAACCAAUUCAUUUCCAAGAGUCCUGAACUCAAGGAAGUGCCUCAACUAACUAUCAAACACACCUGGCGCACACCACGGUGUCCGGCACGCAAAAUGACACCAGACCAAAAUAAUCCCAAAAAAUGGAAAAAAAUACCAUAAAAUAAAAAAUGAAAAAAAAUCACGAUCAUUACAAUUGUAAUUUUAUAAUAAAAUUAUUAUUAUAUUUUAUUAUAAUAUUAUGGUGAGAUACAUUAGUUACAUUUAGAUAUAAAAAAAAAUAAAAAAUUUAAGUUACGGCAAGUCUUGGUUGGCUUGGGCCUCAAAAUUUGAGGCCCAUAGGGGAUGGGAAAAAAAAAAUAAAAAAUAUAAGUUAGGGCAAGUUUUUCAGACGACACAAUCUGCUUCGACACUCCGCAGGACGCAGCCUAUGUAUCGCUUCAGGCUCAGGUGACACCGUGACAAGAAACUCAGAACUGAACCAUUUUCGGUCACCGGAGAGGAAUUCUUUCAACCUGAAUGGAGAUGAUGAUAAUAACUCUAAAUUAGGCUCCACGACCGGUCUGAAUCGCAAGAAAGUCUGAAUCGCAAGAAAGUCUGAAUCACAGCAAUUUCUUGUGCAGAAACUAGGGUUUGUGUUGUGUUUGUUCGCUGAUCGUCAUCAAUUUUAUGAUUGUUUUGAUGUCGGUACUAUGGAUCUCGAUAAAGAACCAAAACCUGAUCUUGAAGAUUACCAAAUAGACCGUUCAUAUAUAAAGAUGAGAGAACAGGCUAAGACUUGGUUGGUAAAGCUAAGGAUAAAGAAUCAAUACUAGAAGGUUACAGAUCUGGUUUGAGGAGCUAUUAUUUUGAAUUGAAUGCAAAGAAGCCUGGGCGGAAAAACUGUGGAAGGGAGUAAUAGUAAAACAUGGACGAAGGAAAGAAGAUGCUCGAUUUUGGUGUUUGCGCAGAAAAGGGAGAUAUCAGAGAGUAGCCAUUGAUUCAAUACUGAUGUUGAAGGACUUCAGAACUCCAUAUCUGUUGAGACCGACUGAUGUUGCUGUGGACUUCAACCAAGAAGUGACUGUGAUUAGUCAUGAAGGAUUUGAUUCCUAUUUUGUUGAGUGGUUGAAGCUUGGAAACACAUCGUGAGAGUCAGCCUUUCUUUGUAAACACAUCCGACGACUAUGAAUUCAAGGAGUUCUGGAUUGAAUCGAUGAGAAACAUUCUAGCUACAAUAGGGUAUCUACAUAAAAUGGGUAGAGCCCAUGGAAAUGUUCUACAUGACCGCUCAUAUGUUAUGCGGGGAGGAAAGAUGCAAAACGGAAGACCUGGAAAAUUUCAAAAAGUUCAUAUUCCGUCACAUUGGCCUAAACAAUCAUCCGUCUAGGCCUCACGAUCGGAAUCCAUUCUGCAAUUACAAGACCUCUAAGCACAGUAAUUAUGCCUACAAGUCUGAAUUUUGGACAAGAGGUCCUAUUGUUCAGGCAGAGGAGUUUGAGGAUCUCGAUGUUGACACGCAUAUGCAGCCGGUGAACACUGAUCCACCAAAGCCGGAGUCAGUACCUGAGGCUGAAUUAGUGAAUUCUUUCCUGCAGUCGCUGGGUUUUGAGAAACAUUCAGUGUUUUUCAAAGAUGAGAAAGUAUUUGAAUUUACUUACCCAAAAAAAGAAAUCGAUAAAGCCACCCUAAAACACAUGACUGAUGAGGAUCUCAAGGCUUUAGGAUUACGAAUGAAUAAUGCCAUUUCUGGUCCUAUUCCUGCUGCAAUUGGGAAGUUGGAGAAGCUUCAGACACUUGAUAUCUCGAGCAAUAAGUUCAAUGGUGCAAUUCCUAGUUCUCUUGGGAAUAUCAAGAACCUGAAAUAUUUGCGACUAAAUAACAACAACCUUACUGGACCCGUUCCCCAAUCUCUGUCCAAAGUUGAAGGUCUCAAUCUUGUGGACCUUUCUUUCAACAAUCUCAGUGGUUCCUUGCCAAAAAUAUCAGCGAGAGCUUUCAAAAUAAUAGGCAACACUUUAAACUGUGGGCAGAAUUCUGGGAGCAAUUGUUCUGUUGUGUAUUCAGAACCACUUUCCUUCUCACCAGAUGGUGUAAGAGCUGGGUCAGAAUCUGGGACUAAAACCCACAAUGUGGCUACUGCUUUUGGCACAAGCUUCAGUGCUGCUUUUGUGAUCAUAAUGCUUAUUGGGUCACUUAUUUGGUGGCGAUAUAGACACCACCAACAGAUUUUCUUUGAUGUUACUGGGAAAAAGUUUUUAUUAAUCGGGUGAAGGGAAUUAAGGAUGCUGUUUGUUCAGCAUGAAUGGGGCUGGCUUGUUAUUGUGCACCUCUUAUGCAACGGUGGAGGGAUAAAAUCAUUGUGUAUACGGUGCAGCGAUGGAUUGUAGCAUUUGCAAUUUAUUUUUUUGGGAUGGCUUAUUUUUGUGGACUUGAUAUUAUUGGCAUUACCUUUUGGAUUUUGUUCUUGAUCCUGUUAACACUACAUCUGUGCCCAAGGGAAGUGUUUAAUUAUCGUAAUGCUGAGUAUGAAAUCUGGUGAGUAUUAUAUACUAACAUCUGUGUGUGUGUGUGUGAGCUUCUCCAAUUGUCUACUUCAUGAUUGGUUGUCAACUAUGGGACAAAGCUUGGAUUCAUAUAGUUUUUUUUUCUGGAAAUUUUGGUUUCCACUUCCGAAGUUGUAAAUUUAAAACAACGUUGAUGCUGACCA